GCCACCCCUACACCGCGGACGUGCACCUCUACCUUGGCUGUGCAGUCUGCGGCCUCUCGUUCUGUCGGUUGGUGCGCGUCGCCCCGCCUCCCUCGUGGACUGCACUCCCGGUGUUACCAGGGGCUUGUGUGCAGACUGUGGUCGGCGACCGCUUCCCUGACCGGGUCUGCUGCCCGGCGAGAUGGAGUUCGUGCCCCCGCCGGAGUGCCCGGUGUUCGAGCCCACCAGAGAGGAGUUUGCUGACCCCUAUGCCUAUAUCAACAAGAUCCGUCCGAUCGCGGAGCGCACGGGCAUCUGUAAGGUCCGGCCGCCGCCGGACUGGCAACCUCCAUUUGCUUGUGAUGUUGAUAAACUUCACUUCACCCCACGUAUCCAAAGACUUAAUGAACUUGAGGCACAAACCAGGGUGAAGUUGAAUUUCUUGGAUCAGAUUGCCAAGUUUUGGGAACUGCAGGGAUGUACUCUGAAAAUACCUCAUGUUGAACGGAAAAUACUGGAUUUAUUUCUUCUAAACAAGUUGGUGGCUGAAGAAGGCGGUUUUGAUUUGGUCUGCAGAGAGAGAAAAUGGACUAAGAUUGCUGUAAACAUGGGCUUUUCAACCGGAAAAGCUAUUGGGUCUCAUAUUCGGGGCCAUUACGAGCGUAUCCUGUACCCCUACAACUUGUUUCAGUCUAGAUCUAGUUUAUUGGCUCCAGAGUCCUGCACCAAAUUGUUCACUGAUGAUAUCUGCUCAGAUAAGAAACCAACUCUUAUUCCUGAUGUUAAAGACAAGGAGUACAAACCUCAUGAUAUCCCCCAGAGGCAGUCUGUUCAGCCUACAGAAAACUGUGCCCGACGGGCUAAACGUAUGCGAGCAGAAUGUGUUAAGGUUAAAAUUGAACCAGAAGAAGCACCAGAAUUAAGACAUCGGACUUUACGCCGAAGGAUGGGGUCUACACCCUCCAUUUGUGAAAAUGAUGAAAAUCAAAUAGUGGUCAAACGAGAGCCUGUAGAACCAGUGAUAGAGAAGCCAAAAUCGAAAUCAAAGAAAUGCCGAAGUCCAGUGGAUUUAUAUGUUUGCUUUCUCUGUGGAAGUGGAACUGAUGAAGACCGACUUCUUUUGUGUGAUGGUUGUGAUGACAGUUACCAUACCUUCUGUCUUAUUCCGCCACUGCAUGAUGUGCCCAAGGGGGAUUGGAGAUGCCCAAAAUGUCUAGUGCAGGAGUGCAGUAAGCCACAAGAAGCAUUUGGUUUUGAGCAAGCAGCUAGAGAUUAUACCCUACGUAUGUUUGGAGAAAUGGCAGAUAACUUCAAGUCUGAUUAUUUUAACAUGCCUGUGCAUAUGGUGCCUACAGAGCUGGUAGAGAAAGAGUUCUGGCGCCUAGUAAGCACUAUAGAGGAAGAUGUAACUGUUGAGUAUGGCGCGGAUAUUGCUUCAAAAGAGUUUGGAAGCGGAUUUCCUGUGCGAGGCGGGAGGUUCCGUGUAAAACAUGAAGAUGAGGAUUACCUGGACUGUGGCUGGAAUUUAAAUAAUAUGCCUGUAAUGGAGGCAUCUGUUUUGGCCCAUAUAACUGCAGAUAUCUGUGGGAUGAAGUUGCCCUGGCUUUAUGUGGGCAUGUGCUUCUCUUCUUUUUGUUGGCACAUUGAGGAUCAUUGGAGUUAUUCAAUCAAUUACUUACACUGGGGUGAGCCGAAGACUUGGUAUGGUGCUCCUGGAUACGCUGCAGAACAGCUGGAGGAGGUGAUGAAGAAAUUGGCUCCAGAGUUAUUUAUUGCUCAACCUGACCUCCUCCACCAAUUGGUUACCAUCAUGAAUCCAAACACUUUGAUGUCUCAUGGUGUGCCGAUAUAUCGGACUAAUCAGUGUGCUGGAGAAUUUGUCAUCACUUUUCCUCGGGCAUAUCACAGUGGCUUUAAUCAGGGCUUCAACUUUGCAGAGGCUGUGAAUUUCUGCACAGUGGACUGGCUGCCUCUUGGUCGCCAGUGUGUGGAACAUUAUCGAGCCUUGAACAGAUACUGUGUGUUCUCUCAUGAUGAGAUGAUCUGCAAGAUGGCUUGUAAAGCAGAAGAAUUGGAUGUUGUUCUGGCUUCCUCUGUACAGAAAGAUUUAGCUAUGAUGAUUGAUGAGGAGCGAAGACUCAGAGAGGCUGUUCGAAAGAUGGGAGUUGUGGAGUCAGAAAAGAUCGAUCUUGAGAUACUAAUUGAUGAUGAACGGCAAUGUGUAAAGUGUAAAACCACCUGCUUCACAUCUGCAGUAUAUUGUCCCUGUAGUCCUGGUGUUCUUGUAUGUCUGCACCAUGUUGACGCUCUGUGCUCAUGCCCGACCUACAAGUAUAAGAUGGGGUAUCGCUACACCCUGGAUGAUUUGUAUCCCAUGAUGAAUGCUGUGACAUUGCGUGCAGAAUCCUAUGAUAACUGGGCUUCUGAGGUUAUUAAUGCACUGAAAUCCACAGGCAGUAAAAAAGGUCUCUCAUGCCUUCGAAAACUUGUAGAAGAAUCGGAGUCAAAGAAAUUUCCUGAAAAUGACCUCCUGCGGCAUUUGCGAGCUGUAGUACAAGAUUCAGAAAAGUGUGCAACACUGGCGCAGCAGCUGCUGAAUGGAAAACGUCACACCAGAUUUCGGUCAGGUGGUGGAAAAUCUCAGAACCAGCUUACGGUUGCAGAACUCAGGUCAUUUGUAAAACAACUUCAGUUAUUGCCAUGUAGCAUCAACCAAACUCCUCAACUGAAGGACUUGUUGCGUCGCGUGGAAGAAUUUCAGGCACGGAGCCAGAGGCUUUUAGCAGCGGAAAUGCCACAAGCUAGUGAACUUCAAGACCUUCUUGAUUCCAGUUUUCAGUUUGACUUGGAAUUACCACUAGGAAGCCUUCGAGAGCGUCUGGAGCAGGCACGUUGGCUGGAGGAAGAGGAGCAAGCAUGCCAGGAUCCAGGGACACUCACAAUAGAAGUUAUGAGACGACUUAUAGACUUGGGUGUAGGACUAGCGCCUCAUACAACUGUGGAGAAAGCAAUGGCCAAACUUCAGGAAUUGCUGACCAUGUCUGAACAUUGGGAUGACAAGUGCAAGAGUCUCCUUAAAACAAGACCACGGCAUGAUCUUGACACUUUGACUGUAGCACUGCGGGAAGUGGAAAAUGUCCCAGCAUAUCUUCCAAGUGUAGAGUCUCUGAAAGAUGCAGUGCAGAGAGCACAAGAAUGGUUGCAGAAGGUUGAGGCUUUGCAGACUGGUUCCAGAGUUCCUGUACUUGACACAUUGGUUGAGCUUGUGAAUCAUGGCCGAGCAAUUCCAGUUCACAUUGGUCCACUGCCAAGACUCGAAGCCCUUGUUAGUGAAGUUCAAGCCUGGACUGAAUGUGCCACAAGCACAUUUUUAACACCCAACUCUCCAUACACUUUGCUGGAGGUUCUCUGCCCUCGAUGUGAUCUAGGCUCUUCAAGCUUGAAAAGAAAAAUGAGAAAAAUAAAAGACCUGCCAGCAGGAAAAAAGAAAUAUCCCAAGCCAGAUGGCCUUCUGGAGUUGGAGAAAGCUUUGACUGAGAGCAAAGACACUGCUACCGCUAUGGCAACUCUUGGUGAGGCCAGACUCUGUGAAAUGGAGUCUUUACACAGUAUGCGGGUCUCUAAUGAAAACAGAAUGUUGUUGAGAGAAGAACAGAGUGACUGGAAAGUGUGUAUUUGUCAGGGUGAACCCAUGGCUCCCAUGAUCCAGUGUGAGCUAUGCCGUGCUUGCUUCCACACUGGCUGUAUAACUGCUCCAAAGCACGGAUCACUACUCUGGCUAUGUCCACAGUGCCAUCGCUCUAAAAAACCACCUCUGGAAAAAAUUCUCCCUCUUCUGGCAUCAUUACAACGCCUGCGUGUUCGGCUGCCAGAGGGAGAUGCAUUGCGCUAUCUGAUAGAGAGGACAGUCAAUUGGCAGCAUCGGGCACAGCAUAUGUUGUCUUCUGAAGAGCUAAAGCUUGCACAGGAGAGAGUCAGUUCAAGUCAGCUGUACAACAGAUGGCAAGCAACAGCUGGGCAGCUUUCAGAUACUUGCAAUGUAUCACAGAGUGUUGGGGCCACAUCCUUCUCUUUGUCUCAUGAAUGGGACAACAGGACCACUUAUGUCCAGUCUCCAUUUUCUCCUGGACGCAACUGUAUUCCACUGAACAGUCUAAGUGCUGAAUUGGACGAGUUACUUAUGGAAGCUCAGCUUCUACAAGUCUCACUUCCUGAAGUACAUGAACUUUAUCAGGCUCUUGUGACCCUGCCAAACAACCUGGCUGGUGAGAGUAACACAACAGGCGCUGGGAAAGAGAAGACCUCCUGUAAGCAGCAGGGAACAGAAUGGAAUACAACCCGUUCUGAGGUUGUAUCCUGCUUAAUGAAGAAGGAAAGGACUGAAUGCACAGACAAAAAGCUGAAAAGGCGUCAUGAGGGCACUGAUGGUAGAAUGAAGAAAGCAUCUGCUCCACGUAAGAAGAGAGUGAAAUCCUUGCAGUCCAAAGACCUGUGCAGCAGAGAGCAGCGCCUAGAAAUCUGUGAUAGUGACUCCUUAUGUUCUUUUACAUCUGAAUCUGAGGAGGAUGAUGCAGUUUGUCCUGCAGACCUCUGUAUGGAGCCUGAAGGUGAUGAGGUGGACUGGGUACAGUGUGAUGGAAGUUGUAAUCGCUGGUUUCACCAGGUCUGCGUUGGUGUUUCUGCAGAAACAGCUGAGAAAGAGGAUUAUGUGUGCACUCACUGCAGUGAAGUGAAAUAAGAGCUGGACCCCCUUCUUCCCUCAGUGAAUCAAGACUGUAUUCCCCUACCCAAGUACUGGGUAGGAUUGAUGAAAACAAUACUCAACAGGAGCUUUAGGAUUCCUUUUACUUUCCUUUAGACACAUGCCUGGUUUCCUUUCCAGAUCCGGCUCUCAAUGGUGCUUCUCAGACCCUGUAAAAUCCAUUGCUCCUUCCAGGGAACCCGGACUUCACUGAAAUAUGAGUUGUUUUGUUUAAUUUUCUCAACUCGGAGGCUGUUACAGAUCGGCUGGUUUCCUGGCACCAUUAGCUUGUUAUGGGUUGUUUGGUAUCUGAAGAGAAGCUUUUGUCCUUUUUGUACCUCAUAAUUAGGGGUUGCAGGUCUGUGUAGUAUACAAUGGAGUCUAUAUUAAUUCUUUCACUUGGGGUGAGGUACCAAGAUUUGAAGUUUCAGUUCCAUUUAAGACCAUACAGUUUCUGUGUUUUCUUUUUGUGUAGGAAAGUUUUCCUGAGCAAUAACUUUGGUUUUGUUUCUUUUCUGAAUUCCAAAACUCAAAUCAGAUGCUGAACCUUUUGCUCUAAAAUAAUAGCCCUUUCCAAAUGAGGGUCUUGUACAGAAAUGUUGGGUGAGUAGGUGCUUAGGGCACCCAGGGUGUUAGACAUAGCAAACUGAGCUGUAUGUCAGCUUUCCUUAAAUCCCUAUUAAUUAUUAUUUCUUGUUUGUUUUUGGCUUUUCUUGUAGCUUGUAUUAAAUUUUGCAGUUUAUAUUGUGGAAUAAAAAUCCUUCGUUAUAACAGAAAAAAAACUCCUUUUACUGUUCCUAAUUGCAACAUAAGUAGUUUG